GUCACUGGCAGGACGGGUUGUCCACCUCUUGCGCUUGCCGAAUUGUUUUGUUUACGAAAAAUUUGUUUUGCAAAAUGACGAUUCUCUACAAGGUGGAGAGCAAGGAGUUCGGCAAGGACAGCGUGUUCCCCCAAAAAGUGGUGCUGUGCUCUGUGUCGGCCCGCAACAUUAUCGCGUUCAGCUCGCUUCAGAGCGCGAUAGUGUCACAUGGUCCUGGCGACAGCAGCAGCGGUGCCGGCGUGGCUGUGGGGGCCAGCAACAGUCAUGUGUAUGUCAGCGACAUUGUGACGCCGUGGGAGUACUACAAGGUGUGCUCCUCAAAGUCCCUGAUCAAUGUGCUGGAGUGGAGUGCCAAUGGGGAGCAGCUGCUGCUCGGCUAUGUGGGCGGACGCGUGGAGAUUUGGCAGCCCAAGCAUCAGUCCAUCAAUAUCUGGCUGCUGCAGUACCAUGCAAACAUCCCAAGCGAGGACAUCAUAGAGGCCAAGUUCUUCCACAACGGCAAGGGAGUCCUGUUCAAUCCCCAGAAGAAGGAGCACACCUACUAUGCGGAGAAGUUUGAGCGUCUGGAGCAACGGCCCACGCUCAGCGGCUUCGGCGGGGUGGCCAGCGAGGGCUGCAUUCUGCUGACAUCUUCCGGCCUCCUGGGCGCCUUCAGCCUGCCCCUGCUGCAAAAGUUCCCCAGCACCGAGGGUGCCGGCAGCGAGAUUGUUGAGCUGACGCCCGUCAUGCACAGCAUUGGCAUCUCCAGGAGCUUCAUAGAGCACUGCAGCAUGGCGCCGAGAACCUCGGGAGCCGUCAAUGUGGCCUUCAGCUGUGGCUGGCAGCAGCAGCUCGUGCAGUGCUUCAAGAUUUCCCUGAUGAUGGAAGGAGACCUGGGCCUGGAGCAGCACAUGGCCAUCAAGUCCGAGUCGCAGGCCAGCAUAUUCCUCAAUCCGCUCGAGGGCAAGCUCAUCAGUCACCUGAAGUGGACGCGGGUGGCCAACGACGACGUGAUCUUCAUAGCCUACUCCUGCCCAGAGGGCGGCAGCUUGCUGGAGCAGUGGACCCUCACGCGCAGGCAUCAGAGUGUGCACACCCUGCUGCAGGGAGGCGGCUCCAACAAGGGAAAUGAGUUCGUGCAGUCGGAAAGCUGGGAGCAGGUGGCCAAACUCCAUUUGAAUGCGCCGCUUGCCGACCUCUGCCUCACACGCCUUGUGCCGACCGCCUCGGACUGCUCCCCGGUCUAUGCUAUACUCCAGGACAACAGUGUGCAGGUGCUGGAGCCCAACUCUCUGAAGCAGCUGAACCACACGCAGUUCGACAAAGUGUCCGUGUCCGACGGCAGUGGAGUGAAAUUCGUGAGCGGCGACCUCACGCCCACCAGCCAAAUGCUCCUGAUCUUCGAUACGCACGCCCAGCUGUAUGCCAUGCAGGCGCCCCCGCUGAAGCAGAGUGGAUCCGCCUUGCUCCUGCUGGAGUACUGCAUCGUCACGGGCUGCGAUGCCAGCGACGUGCUGCUGCUGAACCUUGGCAGCCUGGAGCCUUUGGUGGAGAAGCUGACGGACAACUUUUCGCGCCAGCCUUCCUUUGUGAAGAAUUAUUACUACGCCAACUUCCUGGCCCUCAAGAGCAAUCUGUGCCGCGUGCAGCAGCAGGAGUUUGACAAUCUGAUCAUCCUUCAUGCCAUAUCCACCACCUUCAAGAGCCUUCUGCGCCCCUCCGACCUCGGAUACCAGGACAAAGGGCCCGCCGACAACCUGACGACGAAGCUGAACGAGUCCAUACCGGACGUGGACACUGUGAUGCUGAACCUCGAUGCCAAGGACUUCACCGUGGAGCCAGUGAUGCUGCAGAGCCUUCAGCCACUGAUCCAGUGGGUCACCGAUCUGGCGGUCAACAUGCUCAACCGCCUGCCCGAAGAGGUGAUGAAGUGCAAACUGUCGGGGAAGCGUCCCAGCUACGACAUCAGCCGGGACAUCAACGCCAUUAGCAGUCUGAGGGAGUUGCUCGUGAUGAUUCGCAUCUGGGGCCUGCUGAACACCCAAUGCCUGCCCGUCUACACCAAGAUCAUGGAGAACAUUGACGUGCUGGUCAUUCUGUUCCGCCUGCUCACGCGCCUGGCCCAGAACCCCGCAGAGCCGGACGAGAUGCUCUUGGACGAGUGCAGUCUGCUCUCGAAGCAGCUUCUCAUUCCUCAGCUGAACAAAUUCAACCCGACGACGCUGCUCAGUGCCCAGGGAUUUGCUGCCGUGAAGUCGGGCCACCUCAUGUUCACCUCCCUGGUGGAGCCGACGUGUCUGCAGGACAUGGAGAUGGAGGAUGUGGUGUUUGCCAGGUCGGUGAAAGAUGGCGUCAGCAAUCUGCAGCUCGGCGCCCAUCCCACUACCAUCAGACGAUGCGCCCGCUGUGGCUUUGUCUUUGUCAACAAUGCCAACAAAGUGGCCAAGACUUCGGCUCUGAAGGCCUGGUUCAACAAGUGGCUGCAUUGCCAUUGUGGCGGCUUCUGGAAGCAGAUUAAUUAGGCUCGGUGCCCAUCUACAGUAUCCUCCUUAGACUUAACUUUCCCUAGCUUUUAAUAAAAA